AUGGUGGACCUUCAUAACCACGAAAACACAAGCCGAUUCAGCAAUGUUUCUGUUAUUGCGCCCGAAUCACAAGGACAACAACAAAAACAACAGGAACAACAGCAGCAGCAAAAGCAAUCAGCGGGACAGUUAAAAAGUCUAAAUAGCUUUUCGAGUGUACAACAAACGACAUUCAUGGAGGCUCCGUCUUCCACAGCCUCAGCAGAAUUGAACGACAAUCCAGCUUGGUUCAAUAAUCCAAGAAAGAGAGCUAUUCCAAAUUCAAUAAUAAAGAGAUCAAUCGGUCGAUCCUUAAGCCCCGUACGUUCUGAUACUGCAGAUGCUCCUGUGAUGUUUUCUAAUCCUAAUGGGUUCAACAAUGUCACUUUUGGCUCUAAAAAAGAUCCGCGUAUACUUAAAAAUGUACCUCAAUGUGAAAACAACAACAAUACCAACAACAACAAUCAUAAUUCUGAUUUGAGCACAGUAGUUUUUGACUCUAAUGAGGCACCACCCAAAACGUCUCUUGCUGAUUGGCAGAAAGAAGACGGUAUAUAUGUAAGUAACAAUGACAAUAUCAAGGAUCCUGGUAUGACUACCGAUAUAACAUUCGAUGGAAAGCUCACAACGUCAUCUUCACCUUACAAUGGUGUAGAGAAAACCUCCAGGAUGUUUAGUUUUUUUGACAAGAGUACGAAGGUGUCGCCGAUUGAUUCAAAUGAAACUCUUGCCAAGUGUAAAGAAGAAGAUUCUUCGAAUUGGGAAGAUAAUGCUGUUAUUAUUUUCGGAUAUCCAGAAUCGAUUGCUAACUCUGUCAUCCUUCAUUUUUCUAACUUUGGUGAAAUUCUGGAAGAUUUUAGGAUAAUAAAAGACUUAAAAAAGUUGAACCCAAAAAACAAGUCGAAUAGUCAAUCAUUAGCUACUCAAAACUAUCCCAUAUACACAGGAGAUGGUUGGGUAAAACUGACAUACAAUUCUGAACUUUCUAAAUCUCGUGCUUUACAAGAAAAUGGAAUUAUCAUGAACGGUACAUUGAUUGGUUGUGUUUCAUACAGUCCAGCUGCUCUCAAACAACUAGCUUCCCUAACUAAAUCAAUGGGAACUAAAGGAAAUAAAACAGGAUCAGAUACUAAUUUAAACAUGAACGAUCCAAACAGCUAUAGGAAGACAGAAAAUUUUUUUGAGAGGGCCCGGACAACAGCGGCUACUUUAAAAGUACGCAACUCUGAAUUUAAAGUUUCCAAAAACUCUAGUUCUUUUAAAAAUCCACGUAAACUUGAAAUAAAGGAUGGCAGAUCAUUAUUUUUGAGAAACAGAGGGAAGAUACACAGCGGUGUCUUGAGCUCCAUCGAAUCUGACUUGAAGAAAAGGGAACAGACGGGCAGAAAUAAGAAAAGUUGGUUAAAUAGGUUGAAUAAUUGGCUAUUUGGAUGGAACGAUCUAUAA